AUGCCUGAAAUCGCAGAGGUCGCGAGGUGUGUGCAUUUCCUCCGCCAGCACCUGGUGGGCAAGAGGAUCUCCAAGAUCCAGGCUGUCGACGACAACAAUGUCUUUGGCAAGGUCGGUACGAGUGGCGCAGCAUUUGAGAAGGCACUGAAAGGCCGUACUGUCCAGGCGGCUGGUAGUCAAGGCAAAUAUUUCUGGCUUCAGCUUGACCAAGCGCCACACCCUGUGAUGCAUCUAGGGAUGACUGGCUGGGUCCAUAUUCAGAAUGAUCGCACUGCGUACACCAACUACUACAAGAAAAUGAACCCAGAGGAACAAGAGCAGUGGCCACCAAAAUACUGGAAGUUCCAACUGGAGACGGAGGGAAGCCCAGCAGUCCGCAUAGCUUUUACUGAUCCCAGACGGUUUGGACGUGUCCGCCUCGUCGACUAUCCCGGUGACCAGAUACGCAAGACCUCGCCUUUGGUGGAGAAUGGACCAGACCCUGUAGUCGACAAGGACGUAUUUACGGAGCAGUAUCUGAGAGACAAGAUGCGCAAGAAGCAUGUGCCUCUCAAGGCUUUCAUUUUGGACCAGGCCAUGAUCAGCGGUAUUGGGAACUGGGUUGCUGAUGAAAGUCUAUACCAGGCAAGGCUGCAUCCGGAACAGUACUGCGACGAUUUUUCAGACGAGGAGAUCAAGCGGCUUCACGAUUCCAUCACAGAUGUCUGUCAGACAGCUUGUGACUUGCUCGCCGACUCGGACCAGUUCCCCGACCAUUGGCUCUUCAACCACCGAUGGGGCAAGGGCAAGAAAACGUCGAGCGCGCUACCCAACGGAGAGAAGUUGGCUUUCAUCACGGUCGGCGGGCGCACAAGCUGCUAUGCGCCGAGCCUGCAGAAGAAGACCGGUCUUGUCGCUCCGGGCAUCAAAGAAGAGCCACUUGAGAAGGGCGACUCUGAGGAGAAGCCAAAGAAGUCCAGGGCUAAGAAGCCGAAGGUACAAGAAGCAAAUGAUACUGGAGGACCUGCGAAGAAGACGAACGCCAGGAAAGCCCGGGCCCAAACUGCGGAUGAUGACGACGACCAGCGGCCGCGGAAGAAGACCAAGGCGAAGAAUGACGACGUGAAGAAAGAGCCUACGACCUCGAAGUCGAAGACCACCAGCAAGACGAAUGGAGCCGCAGCUGAGAGCGAUACAGGCAGAAGACGAUCGGCAAGGCUCAGCAGAGGUGCCUAG